AACGUCUUUAUUAAUCACAGAGAAGAAUCAUUACCACGGUCAUCCUUGUACGGAAUUAAGUCUUCGUGAAGUUCAGGAAAGUUUGUCAGCAAUGGGCCAGGGAAGUUCAGAAAGCUCUCCCCCCACUGUAGGAGUGAAGCAGACUGUAUUCAGAAAGAACAGCAAGGUGAUAUACAGAAUCCCAGCUCUCUUCUACUUUGAAGAAAAGGAGAUGUUCCUGGCCUUUGCUGAAAAGCGCAGUGGUCCCCGUGAUGAGGAUGCAGAAGUUCUUGUCAUGAGCAAACUGCAUAAAGGAGACAAUCAGUGGUCGGAACCUGGGGAACUACAAAAGGCUCAUAUGAAGCCCUGUCGCACAAUGAGUCCCUGUCCAGUGUAUGAAAGGACCACUAAGACUCUUUAUUUGUUCUUCAACUGCGUCUAUGACAAGGUCCCAGAAAGAACGCAGAUUGACAAAAAAAUAAACCUAGCUCGACUGUGUUACAUCACCACUAAAGAUGCCCAGACAUGGAGUGAAGUAACAGACCUGACAGACGUUGGUGAGAUUGGUGAGAAGGUUAAGGACUGGUCCACUUUUGCGAUUGGUCCAGGGCAUGGAAUUCAGACAGAGAACAACACGCUGAUCAUUCCUGCAUAUGCUUAUCACAAAGACACAAAGAAACCCCAUGCUUUUGUGUUUUCUAGUAGUGAUAUAGGUAAGACAUGGCAUGUUGAGAAAAGGAUUGAAGAGGAAUGUGGUGAGUGUCAAGUGGCUGAGGUGAUUGACAGUAAGGGAAGUCACCUCUACUGUAAUGCCCGUGGCAGUAAAGUUAGAGUAGAGGCUGUGAGUGAAAACUACGGAAAAACCUUUGGUAAAGCUAAACAUCCUAAAGUGCUGACUGAACCAAAAUACGGUUGUCAAGGCAGUGUGAUAGCCUUCCAGCCACGUGUAGAUAAAACUCAAACCUGGCUACUCUUUACGCAUCCGAGUGACAAAAAAGAGAGAAAAGAUGUUGCAGUGUACUUAAAUAAGAGCCCUUUCAACAGUGAUGCUUGGGAGAAAAAGAGGACCAUCAACGGAGGUCGUAGUGCAUACUCAGAUGUGGUUUAUGUGGAGAAAGAAGAUCACUUUGCUUGCCUUGUGGAAUGUGGAAAGAACAGUGAGUAUGACCAGAUCGAUUUUUUGAGGUGCACACCUGGAGACCUUGGCCUUGACACCCUUUAAGGUGGCUCAGUGGUCGGCACCGUUGCCUCACAGCAAGAUGGCAAAAAGGGAAAAUGAAUGAGUUGAAUGUGUGAGUAAAGGAACAGAUAAGGAACAAAUUCAAAAUUGUUCUCUCUGUUUCGGAUAUUAAAGCUGGAAAGGAUCUCACCUACUGA